UGGAGAAAGAGCUGGAGCAAAAUGGAAGGAUUUGAGGGGAUGAAACGCACACGAGAAAUAGAAAAGUUUCAAAAAGGAGAAGGCAAGGAUGAAGAAAAGUACAUCGAUGUGGUGAUUAAUAAGAACAUGAAGCUGGGACAGAAAGUGUUAAUCCCAGUAAAGCAGUUCCCUAAGUUCAACUUUGUGGGGAAACUUUUGGGUCCCCGUGGCAAUUCUCUGAAGCGUUUACAAGAAGAAACCUUGACAAAAAUGUCCAUCCUUGGGAAAGGUUCCAUGCGAGACAAGGCAAAGGAAGAAGAGUUGAGGAAAAGUGGAGAAGCAAAGUACUUCCACCUCAAUGAUGACCUCCACGUUCUCAUUGAAGUCUUUGCUCCACCAGCAGAAGCAUAUGCCCGCAUGGGACACGCGCUGGAAGAAAUCAAAAAGUUCCUCAUUCCUGACUAUAAUGAUGAAAUCAGGCAAGCACAGCUCCAAGAAUUAACAUAUUUGAACGGUGGUUCAGAAAAUGCGGAUGUACCAGUUGUUCGAGGGAAACCCACCUUGCGUACAAGAGGUGUACCAACCCCAGCAAUAACCAGGGGAAGGGGAGGAGUCACAGCCCGGCCAGUUGGAGUUGGUGUUCCACGAGGGACGCCAGCUUCCAGGGGAGUGCUUUCCACCCGAGGGCCAGUGAGUCGGGGAAGAGGACUUCUGACUCCCAGAGCAAGAGGAGUUCCCCCAAGUGGGUACAGACCUCCGCCGCCUCCUCCAACACAAGAGACCUAUGGCGAUUAUGUAAGUGAGGGGUCACACAGCAGCUCUGCUGAUCUGCCUGAGCCAGUGCUCGCCCAGCAUGGGAUGUUGGAACCAAGUACGCACCCUUACUUGGCUGUAGUUCUCCAAUAUUCUACCUUAGUUCAACAAACAUUUAUUGAGUGCUAAAUAAGACAUGAUCCUAGAAAUAUAA